AUGAUGAUUGAAGCUACCGACAUCGAUUAUUCAAGACCGUUACCUUUAAAUUUUAACAUUUCCGAAAAUUUUUCUAAUACAUCAUCAAACACUCACUCAAUAAUUGAUAUUAUAGCAGAUGACAUUGAUUCUAUUACUAAUCAAUCGUCCAAAGAAUCUUUUAUUGAGCAUGAUACUAUCGUAACUUCUAAUUCAUCUAAGAUGUUAACUUCUUUAACUGUUGCUGAUAACAAAUCUAAUUCACUAUUUGAAAAAAAAAACAAUAUGGAAUUAGAUACUGAAUAUGAUAAAAAUGAAAAUAAUCAAAAAGAAGACGACCAACCUAAAAAGAGGAGAAGAAAUAUGAAAAAAUAA